AUGGAUCAAAUGGAAGGGUUUUUGGCCACUGACAAAGGAGACAUUUCCCCAGAUGAUGACUUGGAUGGUCCUGCAAUUAACCAGCUUGACCUGGCAGCAUUUAACGGUGUGCACACAGCUGGAUCAAUGGCAGGAAUUGAAGGACCCAGUUGUGGGGCUGCUCCUGGCAGCCUGCAAUGGGCACCGUCCCUGGAGAAUUCCAGGAAAGCAUCAGGGACAAGGGAUGGUGCAGGGACCUGGGUGCGAAAGAAAGCGUCUCUAGCAGCUGAUGUCCCCAGACUUGGAUAUAGUUCCUCAUCCAGUCCCAAGUACAUCCCCCGGAGGGCAGUGCUUUAUGUACCUGGAAAUGAUGAAAAGAAAAUAAAGAAGAUCCCAUCCCUGAAUGUAGAUUGUGCAGUGCUCGACUGUGAGGACGGUGUGGCUGCAAACAAAAAGAAUGAAGCUCGACUGAGAAUUGUAAAAACUCUUGAAGACUUUGAUCUGGGCCCUACUGAAAAAUGUGUGAGAGUCAACUCAGUUUCCAGCGGUCUGGCAGAAGAAGAUCUAGAGACCCUUUUGCAAUCCCGGGUCCUUCCUUCCAGCCUGAUGCUACCAAAGGUGGAAAGUCCUGAAGAAAUCCAGUGGUUUGCAGACAAAUUUUCAUUCCACUUAAAAGGCCGAAAACUUGAACAACCAAUGAAUUUAAUCCCUUUUGUGGAAACUGCAAUGGGUUUGCUCAAUUUUAAGGCAGUGUGUGAAGAAACCCUAAAGAUCGGGCCUCAAGUAGGUCUCUUUCUAGAUGCAGUCGUUUUUGGAGGAGAAGACUUUCGAGCCAGCAUAGGUGCAACAAGUAGUAAAGAAACCCUGGAUAUUCUCUACGCCCGGCAAAAGAUUGUUGUCAUAGCGAAAGCCUUUGAUCUCCAAGCCAUAGAUCUGGUGUACAUUGACUUUCGAGAUGGAGCUGGGCUUCUUAGACAGUCACGAGAAGGAGCUGCAAUGGGCUUCACUGGUAAGCAGGUGAUUCACCCUAACCAAAUUGCCGUGGUCCAGGAGCAGUUUUCUCCUUCCCCUGAAAAAAUUAAGUGGGCUGAAGAACUGAUUGCUGCCUUUAAAGAACAUCAACAAUUAGGAAAGGGAGCCUUUACUUUCCAAGGGAGUAUGAUCGACAUGCCAUUACUGAAGCAGGCCCAGAACAUUGUUACGCUUGCCACCUCCAUCAAGGAAAAAUGAUCUGUUAAAUGAAGCUCUCAUCAGGCUAAAGGGUAUUGAAGCUGCAGAGGGAUCAACUUGUGCUUGCCAGAGGACGCCAAUGAAGUUUGAAACACCAACAAUCAGAGAUUUUGUUUCUGUUCCUCAUUAAAUCAUGAGCUUUUGUGCCGAGA